GCGCCGGGGCGGGGUGGGGGGGGGCGGCUGGCGGCGGCGGCGGCAGCACUGCGAUGGCUGCGCUGGUGGAGCCGCUGGGGCUGGAGCGGGACGUGUCCCGGGCCGUGGAGCUCCUCGAGCGGCUCCAGCGCAGCGGGGAGCUGCCCCCGCAGAAGCUGCAGGCCCUCCAGCGGGUCCUGCAGAGCCGCUUCUGCUCCGCCAUCCGGGAGGUGUACGAGCAGCUCUACGACACGCUGGACAUCACCGGCAGCGCUGAGACCCGGGCCCACGCCACCGCCAAGGCCACGGUGGCCGCCUUCACGGCCAGCGAGGGCCAUGCUCACCCCAGGGUGGUGGAGCUGCCCAAGACAGACGAGGGCCUGGGCUUCAACAUCAUGGGCGGUAAGGAGCAGAACUCGCCCAUCUACAUCUCCCGUGUCAUCCCUGGUGGUGUGGCUGACCGCCAUGGAGGCCUCAAGCGUGGGGACCAGCUGCUGUCCGUGAAUGGCGUGAGCGUUGAGGGUGAGCAACACGAGAAGGCGGUGGAGCUGCUGAAGGCUGCUCAGGGCUCUGUGAAGUUGGUGGUGCGCUACACACCCCGCGUGCUUGAGGAGAUGGAGGCCCGCUUCGAGAAGAUGCGCUCUGCCCGCCGACGCCAGCAGCACCAGAGCUACUCGUCCUUGGAGUCUCGAGGCUGAAACCACAGAUUUGGACCCUCAUCUCCGCCCCCUCCCCUGUACAGUAUUUAUUGUCACCGUCCCUUAUUUAAACAUCUUUGACCCUCA